AUUGAAGGUCGCCAUUUUAGUAAAAAAAUCGUGCGCAACAAGAAUCGUCCGUCGUCCGCGCUGUUGUGAUUCGUGCGUAAAUUGCCCCUGUAAUAUUGUACAAUAUAGUUCGGAACGCGAUCGGAAACGGCACGGUUACGGGUUCCCCCAAGGCAGUCGACGGAAGUGCGCUUCGUGUGUAGAAAAACGGCAAAAGGAAACCAAGGGAGCGAAGUCAGGAUUCAAAGUUUGGUUCCAAAAUCUGAGAAGCAGAAGACUUCAUUCCCACACCAGUUCAAAGAAUUUUGUUACGGAAAAGCUUCCGCAAUUUUCCCCUGUCCGGGAUACAAGAAGCAACAAGUGGAAUUUUGGUGCCGGGAGGGUGUGAAGUUAUCUUGUGGGGGCAUUUAUCGGCCCAGGAAGUGCGUGAAAAGUUGGAUUUUGAUUCCCGGAAAGCCCGGAAUGCCAUUAUUUUGAAAAGUGCUACUGGUUUUGACACUCGGCAGCAAAGACACCAACACCAAUACACAGACAAACGGAGGAAUCACGACGACGGCCGCUGAAACGAGUUUUUUUGUGUCUUUCGUUUUGUGUUUGAUGCUCUUUUGCUGGUCGAAGUUCUCCGAUUUUGGUUCUGCUGGUUGGUUGGGCGCAGCAUAAAAAAAAGCAUAGGAAGCGCGCGCAGGAACACGCACACAGAUAACGACGGCGCACAUUACUGAAUUGCCGUCGCGGCGCGGCGCUCUUCUUUCAUCUUCCCGAUCGGCUGCGGAUUUUGGAUUGGAUUUUGAUCAUCUUUACACACUCGACGACGCUUGCCGCUGAAUACGGGAUCAGGAAGGGUGCGGAUUUUGCCCCUUGCCUUCGUUGAAUGAAAUUUAUGCUGACGGUUUCAACAAUGCAUCAUGACACGACAGCAAUACUUUACCGACACGCAAGGCAUAUGUUAACGUGUGACUGAAAAAAAAAACAGUCAAAUUCCAGUAAGGUAACACACACUCCUGGUUGUGAGUGUGAAAGUCACUAUUCCGCAUUCGCAAACUACAUUCCAUGGUUCUUCAAAACGAGAAGGAACCGAAACAGGGCCUCGGGCCCUUGCUACCUACCGGGUCAUCCUCGGCGGUAGCAAUCGUAACCGAUAGUGGAUCUACUGCGACGUCGUCCACCAUCGCCACCGCCACCGAUGUGGCCAUAAUGUCGACGCCAUCCCCGACGUCCUCGAACCGGAACAACAACAACGGACAACCGGUCAUCAAGCGGCAACGGAUCGAAAAGGAAACGGAUGUCGUGGACAGUAGCAGCAAUAGUACCACAAGUAGCAGCGCUGCGGUUGCCGUCGCAAAUCUGGUCAACUGCGCGGCCAGUUCCAGUGGCAAUUCGUCGAACGGCUCCUCGCUGGUGGCGUCCACAUGUUCCAGUUCUACCUCUCUGUCCUCGUCACCUCCCACGGCUUCGUCAUCGUCGUCUUCGACGUCUGGUUCCUCCACUUCAAAGAUGUUGGACGUUAGUAAUGGAAGCAGCAGCAGUAGCGGCGUUGGGACGGAAGAAGAUGUCCUGCUCAAACAGGUGCACGAUUACCAGGCACUGUUCCAGGGCGCCAUUGCCAAGCAGUGCUUGUGUGGGUUGGAAACCGAGGUGCUACUCAUGUCGUUUCAAUCGUACUACGUGUGCUCCGGGAAUAGCCCCCGGGGGAUGCACCGGCAGCUGCUACCGAUGAUCGAGUGGCCGUUCGAGUACCUGCUGAAGUUCCUGUCCAAUGUGCAGCUGCUGUUCGAUACGUACUUGAAGCAGAACAUCAAGGGUAACAUCUGCUCCGGGGUGAUGGAUUUGUGCAACUAUCUGGUCAGAACCGAGCAUCUCCAUCCGGAUGGGGAGUUUGUCGGGAUGAACAUCGAUGAGAUUAUAGGAUUAUGUAAUUAUAACAACAAGUUUAUCAACUACCUGUCGGGGCGAAUACUGUCCUCGUUUCUGAUCAUAGUGAAGGACGAUUUGGACGAUCGGUGGCUGGAGAAGAUCGUGGCCAAUCUGUUCGACUUCAAUCAGUUGGACAUAUUGGCGGUGAAGAAGGUCAACUUUAGUUUGGAUGUCAUCCAGCGGAUAGUGGAGUGGAAAGAUGAGACGGAACAUCCCUUGGAUGAGUACAUUCAGGGACAGGAAGCUUCGAGUGGAAGCGGCGGUGCGGGACCAUCCAGUUCGAUGACAUACCACCAUCACCAUCAUCAAACGCCUGUCCCUCCUCCUCCGCCUCCUUUGGAAAACAACUAUUUUGCGGCGCAUUACAGCUCGCAGCAAUACGGUGGCCAAACCGGAACGAAUAGCAUUUUCCAUCCUUCUUCGUCGUCUUCAUCGGCAUCAAUUCAUCCAGCACCAGUAGUACAUCACAGUAAUAGCUCUGCAAGUCUUCAAGCUCACCAUCCUUAUACUUCUUGCCAUAUCAUCAGCCUCACGGAUUCGGAAAGUUUCGACACAACCCGAAUCAAGUGCGAAACGGUGAACCAUCUGGGGAAGAAAUGGCCCGCUUUGGUGGAAGUGGUCAGCAGGAUGAUCAAAGCCCUGUCCGGUUCGCAGUCGCAAAACCCGCAAAGCCUCACGGCAAUCGCUACCGAAACCUGCAUUCUAACGUUCCUUCGGCUAUGGGAGAGCAUUAUCAGUGUGAAGGCGAACCUGUCCGUGGUCGAAACGCAACCGUUCCAUGCGCAGUUGGAUCACUUCCAGCUGCUCCUGUUGUCCACCAAGAACUCCGUCAUCUACAAACAGAUGUUGACCCUAUUCAACGAAGCCCUGUGCUACGGAAGCACACUGGCGCUGCAGGACUUCAUCCCGGACGAGGUGGGAAGCUUGGCUCACAAUGUGGUCCGUUGCGUCAAAGACCACCGGAUACUGGACAAGAUGCCGAAAUCGACCUACACCAGUCCGCUUGGAUUCCUAGGAUACAAAGGGGAAAUUAUUCGAUAUCAUGACAACCGACUGUCUCCGGUGAACGGUGAACAGAACGGGGGGAGAGUAUCCACGGUAGAUGGAGUUCCUGGAAGCAGCAGUAGUAGCAGCGGUGCAAGUAGCAGCAAUAGGGCUGCUGCUACCGUGAUUACUUGUGGAUACGAUCGUACUUUAAUGCAGAAAAUGGCCCUGCUGGUGCUGAAAGCCGUUGCAGUCAUAGUCAAGGAAAUCCGCUGUGAUUCGAGUGACUCCAGCGUGGACAGCAGCGAUUUCGAUAUGCAGGAGAUUCAGAUGAUCGAACGCAGCAUCCGGGACGUGGUCAGAAAGCUAGAAACGUUCCUAAAAGUUCAGCUCGAGUUCCAUCCCGACAACCAUUUCAGCAAGGUGUUGAUUCAUCUUUUCGACGACCAGGACGAUUACCUGGUGGAGGCGAUGGUGUGCACGCUGGACGUCACUUCCGGGAUCUCGUUUCGGAACAAUGCCUUCCCAGAGCUGAUCGCCAUCCUGAAUCCGGUGUACACCUUCAUCGAGUUCUCCAACCUGGGACCGAACAUUACGCAUCUAUUUCUGGAUCUGCUCAUCAGCACCGAGACAUGCUUCCUGCUAUACCUGUUGCGCUUCCUGAAGUACGCCCGCCAGAAUUGGUCCAUGUUUACGCAGAGCUGCCUCACGUACUCGCAGCACAACAACUACAGCAACGCGAGCACCCUGCUGCAGAGCAUCCGGAACACCAACAUCGUAAUCAACCCGAACAGCAACAACGUGAUCCUGGACAGCGUGAUGACGGUGCUGAUCAGUUUGCGGUUGCAGAUCAGCCGUCAGGUGGCCGACGCCAUCUUCCCGUACAACAUUGGGCCGAUCCUGCGCCUGAUCGAGAACUGCGAGAGCCUGUACGAGGGCAAUGAGUUGAGCUGAGCUGGUGGGGCGGGUGAGUACCGUUUUUUCAACUAGGUACUGGUGCCAAUUGCACAAAGGCGAGAGGGAUAACGGGAUUUCCACAGGGUAUACGGUACGUUGUACGCCAACCUAUGUAUGUGCUGGUUUUAUGGUAAACGAAUUGUUAAUUACAUGUUAAGAGAUGUGGCAAAUGAAAAUAAGACAUGUUCUAGCCUAAAUGUCAAAUGUACAAACAAAUUCCAUUUUCAUUAAAUCUAACAAAAGUUAGCAAAAAAAAAAAUAAUAGAUAGGCAUCAUGUAACCAAUAAGCCGUAAUUCA